GGGAGAACAAGUAUCAAAAAUUUAUUAAAAAAAUGUUUCUUACAUUUCUAUGGAGCUUGGUUAUUGUAACUGCAAUAUCAGGUGAGAAAAUUAAUACAAAAAGAUUUCCAUCUGAUUUUUUAUUCGGAACUGCCACGGCUGCUUAUCAAAUAGAAGGCGCAUGGAAUGAGGAUGGCAAAGGCGUAAAUAUCUGGGACACGACAUGUCACGAAAAUCCUUCACCAAUAGCUAACAAUGCUACAGCAGACAUAGCUUGCGAUUCGUACCACAAAUACAAAGAAGACAUAGCUUUACUCAAAGACAUGGGCGUAGAUGUAUACCGCUUCUCUAUAUCUUGGUCCAGAAUACUUCCAUUAGGUUACGACAACGUAAAGAACCAGCUCGGAAUCGACUACUACAAAAACUUCAUCAGAGAAUUGAAACGCAACGGCAUCGAACCGUUGGUAACCAUCUACCAUUGGGACCUUCCCCAGCCGCUCCAGGACAUCGGCGGCUGGCCCAACGAGCUCAUCGUCGAGAGAUUCGCCGACUACGCCAGAGUGUGCUUCGAGGAAUUCGGCGACGAAGUCAAAUACUGGCUGACCUUCAACGAACCCAAGCAAACGUGCCAAGGCGGCUACGGGGGCGGCGGCAAGGCGCCCCUCAUCAUUGCCCCAGGCAUCGGCGAGUAUUUGUGUACGCAUAACGUGCUGAAAUCGCACGCCAAAGUUUGGCAUUUGUACGACGAGGUGUUUAGAAAAACUCAGAAAGGAAAAGUGGGAAUCACAAUCGACACAGCUUGGUUCGAACCUGACAGUAAAAAAGAUGAGGAUGUAGCAGCCGCUGAAAGAUGGCAGCAAUUUAAUUUCGGUUGGUAUGGUCACGCCAUAAUGCUAGGAGACUAUCCAAAAGAAAUGAAGUCAAACAUAGCCGAAAGAAGUCUGAAGCAGGGUUUCGAAAAAUCACGUUUGCCAGCUUUUACUCAACAAGAAAUUGAGUUUAUCAAUAACACCGUCGAUUUUUUGGGCGUAAAUUUCUACACGUCUGCCAUGGUGAGGAAUAAAAUCGACACGGAAAAGAAGGAGAUUUCUUGGGCUGCAGACGCCGAAAUCUACGCAUAUCAAAAACCAGAAUGGGAGGGAGCCGCUUCUUCGUGGUUGAAGGUCACGCCGUGGGGAUUGAGGAAACUUUUGAUCUGGCUAAAGAAUGAGUACGGAAAUGUUCCCAUAAUCAUCACUGAGAAUGGUUAUUCAGAAAAUGGAACCACUUUAGAAGAUGACCGAAGGAUUAAUUAUUACCAAACGCAUUUGAGUAAUCUCAGAGAUGCCAUGGAUGAUGGAGUAAACGUUUUUGGAUACACUGCUUGGAGUUUUAUGGACAAUUUUGAAUGGCUAGCUGGAUAUACGGAGAGAUUCGGGUUGUAUCAUGUUGAUUUUAGCACACCAAAUAGAACAAGAACGCCCAAGAAGUCAGUAAAUUAUUACCGAAAUGUUUGUAAAACCAAGUGCAUUGUUGAAAAAUCAAAGUGCACCGACUAAAGCCAAUUAAAUGUAUUAAUUACAGGCUAUAAAUAAAUCUUAUAACUAAAUAGAAAUGUUCGUGAUCAUUAAAG